CCUCACCUCCACCAUGUACAGCAGCCAGAACAACUCCAGGCUCCACCGGAAAGUGCAAAACUAUCGCCAAACCAGGUCUUCCAACGCUGCCUCUGCCCUCGUCUCCAGAAGAAAUGCCAUCAGGAAGGAAAACCCCUUCAGCGAGUUGCUGAACCUGCGAUACAGCUUGAACUCUCCUCAUCCUGACGUCUUCCCACUCUCUGGAAUUGCUGAACCACUGUCUCUGCUGCUCACAAAUCCCUUCGAAGACUACAGCAACAACAUCAAAAGAUUCAGCCAGGCUCACUUGCAAAACGAUCUCAGCGAUGUUAAUGCUUACGACACUUUUCUAUCCUCUUCCUCUUCUCCUGUCUCUUCUCCUGCUUUUCUCAACUCCAGAAAGAGACCCUUGCCUGAUAACUACAGUGAUGUUUACUACACAAUAUACCCUGAUUUUAUUCCCUGGCACCAUACACCUAUUGAAGACUCCAUAACCUCUUCUCAUCUAGAUAAAGGCUUCGUCGAACCUUCUCCCAUAAGAAAUGAACUAGCUUCUGCUGCUUCGCUAGUCAUCCACUUGAAAAAUCUAAAUGAUCUAUCGAAUAAUCUCCUUCAACUCAAAAUUGUUAGAGAUAACUACUAUGACAAAAUCAUUGACAAUUCUUCUUUCCAGCCUCCCUCAAGAGUAACGCUAACUGACUCCAAAAGAGAAGCAUGGUUAAGAGAUCUCGCCUCAAUUAACAUCCCCCUAAAGAACUUGGCUGAAAAGAAAAUCCCCUAUGGAAUCAAAAAUAGAGUCCUCAUAGACCAGAUCAUCCUAAAAAGAGUCCCUAUAUCAAGAGCAAUUUGGCUCAUCAAAUGCGUAGGUCUAAAUGAACUAAAAAUCAUAAAAAGAAAACAAAACUUACCUAUCAAUUCAUACCAACUAUGGAUAAAUGAAUGGACCUCCCAUCUAACUUUUUACCUAGAUAACAUCUUAUCUCAAUAUUCAAACGCUUUUUUCAAUUCAUCCUCCAAAAAUAUCAACAUCAACGACCAAUCAAACACCACUACUUUCAAUAACAAUAAUAGUAAUUACAAUAAUAACAGCACUAUUGAUGAAAAAUUAUUAGACUAUUUAUCUCUAAACUUAAUAUCCUCUCUAAAAUACAAAAUUUCCUAUAUUAUAAACCUUAUCUUCAAUCUCUUUUAUGAAAAACUAAUAAACAGAAACAUCUUCUUCAAUUGGUUAAUAAACUCUUUCAAAAAAGUAGAAAAGGAAUUUGAACUAAUCUUACUACUACAACUAAUCAAAAUCUUUUCAAAAUUCCUAAUUCCCAACAUAAUUAAUAACAAUACAAACAAUACAAACAAUACAAACAAUACAAAUAAUACAAACAAUACAAACAAUACAAAUAAUACAAAUAAUACAAAUAAUAUAAACACCUCUACCUCAGAUCUAUCUCCAGAAAAUACCGACAUCCUCUUAUCUUCUUUAUUUCAAAUCUUAAUAUUCAAAUACGAUUUUAUCUUGAAUAAACUAUCCCUAAAAAACUUAUCCACAAACCAAAAUUUCAACCCAAAUACCUCAGUCCAACAGAACUACUCAAACAUUAACACUCCCAACAACAAUAACAACAACAACAACACCAACACCAAUAACAAUAAAUUCUAUUUCUCGAAUAAUUCCAUAUAUUCCCAAGUAAAUUCUCCCACAACUUUUGGUAAUAGCCCUAUAAACUUCAAUUACUCUUCAAAUCUAGACUCCUUCUCAAAAAUUAUAGAUGAUGCCUCAAAGGUCAAUAAAGAACUAAACCUCAAAAAACUAUCAAUGCUUUAUGACAUUAAAAACUUGAUCAAUUUCUUAUUCCUAAAAAAAUCAGACUGGCUAAUAAUUCAAAAAAUCGACCAGCUUUCCCUAAAAACUUGGAACGAUACUAAAAAUUUCCUUAUAAAAUACGAUAUACUAGAUAUACAACUAAAACCUAAAAAUAAACUAGAUUAUAAAAAUAUCCAAUCCCUAAUCAAUCCUGAUUCAAAAAUUAAUUCAGACUUUAAUAUAACCUUCAACGACGUCAAUUAUUAUUACUAUUUGAAAAAGAAUUUUAACUUCCAGUCUCUAAAUUUUGAUGAAAUACUAAUUCUACUAAAAAAAGAAAGAUUCAAUGAAAUUUGCUUUAAAAAUGAUUGCCUUCUAAAACCACUUAAACAAAAUAAAGAUGAUGAUAGCGAUACAGAUACUCAAACUAACACUUUAGAUUUUGAUUUAAUCUUAAACAGGAGAAAUCUUACUAAUAACGAGCUUUUACUACAGAAACUCAAUGAUUUUUUAAAUAAAAGAGAUUUUUUCUUACAAUCUUUUAUAUGCCAUGACCAAGAAAUUUAUGACUCACUAGUAGACCUAUCUCUAAAACUAAUUAAUAAAAAAGAUGCACCUCUUAAUUUGUUUUUAAAAAAUGAUCAAUUUAACCUAUCAAACUUGCAAAAUAAUUUGAAAAAAAAUUUCUUUAAAUUCCAAAUUAACCAGCUAAUUAUGCUCAUAUUCGAUAAUUAUUUUCUAAUACUCAAAGAAUUGCACUCUUUAUAUCUGAAAUCUAAUAAUAACAAUGAUAACCAAAUUGAAUCAAUUACAAAUCAAAAGCUAAAAAUAAUACGACAAAACAUAAGAUUAAUGCUCGAUUGGUCUGUAAACAAUUUCGAAUUGGGUAAAUUCAAUUUUAAUGCUUCAAUUGGAAAUUGUGAUAUUGUAUACGAACACAAAAUUUUAGUGGUAGCAAAAAUUUUUGGAAGAUUUUUAUUUCAAUGUCGAUUAUUUUUAUCAAAAAUAUUUAAUGGCCAAGUCAAAGAUACAAAUUUGAAAACUCAAUCAAAUAAUAUUCAAGCCACUCCAAGAAAUAAUUUUGGUUUAAAAGAGAAAAAAAUUAUAAUGGGCAGGAUAAUCGAAUUUCUACAAUCAGAAAUUCUAGAUUUUCUUCUUGAUAUUGCAAACUCUCCAGAGGUUCCUUUUGAAAGUUUAAACAUUUUUGAAAAUUUAGAUACAGAGUUAGAUAUUUCUCAAUUUAAUUUAAAUGGAAUUGAAAACAUUACUCAAAAAAAUACAAAGAUCUUCACAAGAGCACUUAUACCAUUUAAACCAAUAAACUUGAAGUUUUUAGUUCUACUUAUCAAUCAUUUAAGUCAGUUUAACCUAUUUUCAAUUGAUCUUUAUUCAAAAAAGUUGAUUUCAUCUGGCAUGAUAUAUGACAUUGAAUCACCUCAAAAGAUGAGAAACUCUAAUUUAGUUCAUUACUUGAUUUUGAAAAACUUAAAGUUUGCGAGAACAUCUAAAAUUCACAUUAUUUUUAAAAACUUGAAAUCUAAAAUAUUUAAUGAUAUUAAACAGAACAAUCCGGUUAAUUCAAAAAGUAUAAUAGAUCAACUACUUGAGCAACCCGAUAUAGAUAAUGAUUUUUCAAAUUGUAUUACCAAAGCUGAAAGCAUAAUUGACAAUUCGAUUAUAAAAUAUGUUUUUGAAGAUGGUCUUAAAAUCCCAACAUCUGAUUUGGAAUACUUGUCAAAGUUGGAUAUUGAUAAAAAAAUAAGUUUAGCUGAAUAUUUGAUGAAAUCAUUGGGCAACUUUAUGCUUGGGGAGAACUAUGAAUUAAUAAAUAAAAGUAUUAAAAUCAGUUCAAAUGAAUUAAUUAAUCAGGAAUACGGCUCAAUGAGUUUCUAUCAAGGUGGAGAAUUUUAUGUGAAAACAUGGAAUAUUACCAGCGAGAAAAUUUGUGUUUUAUUUAGUAUCUUUGAGGGAUUCUAUUCAUUGGAAAACUUUUUUAGUUUAAUUAAAGAGAUUUUUCUUAUCUAUAAUUUUCAGGAUGACACUUUUUCCAAUCAAAAUUUUAACUAUUUAGCGUCUCCCAAUUCCAUUCAAUUAUCAAGACCUUUGAUGAAUGAAUAUGAAAACAUCAAGAUAUCUAGUCAGGUAAUUAUCAAACUUGAUUCAGAACAAUUUUAUGUUAUAUUGAAAAUUUUAGAUAAUUAUAAAAGUGUGAUAAAUUACUAUUCAGAUAACAGUAUUUCAUCUAAGCUGGCUAAUGUUCCAAAAGUGAAAAAUCCAACACUCAAUUUUGUUGACUUAUUCAGAUUUUUUAUUGAUGGAUAUUACAACUAUACAUUUAAUAGUCAAAAUUACGCUCCUGACUAUAAUUUUCUUUAUUUAUUGAAACGAUUUUCGAAAAAAUUAUCUGAUUUUGUUGAGGAAUUUUCAUCGAUAUCUGAAAUGCUCUCACCAAAAGAAUUAAAAGAAGUGCUCAAAAACAGAAAUGAGGAUAACAAAAGCUAUUAUUUAUCAGAUGAAAAUCAUUUUGGUCUUGUCAGUGAAUUGCUAAAAAAAUUAGAUGAGCUAAUUUCUUAUGAAAUAAACAUGAGCAGACAGCCGGUUAAAUCUUUAAUUGAUUCCUUUACUUUAAAUGACAAUGUCAAUAAUUUUGGUAUUGACACAAGAACUUUAUUUUCGGAUAAUUUCAAUAAUUUCGAUUAUAAUAUUCGUAAUAUUUUUAUGAUGGUUUUUAAUAGUCCUGAAAGUAUAAUAAUAUCCAAAACAGAUACAGAAAGUUGGAAAAAUUUUAAUAGCAAUUCAAAGAAUUUUAAAGAUUUGACAAAUUUACUUAAAUUAGUGAAAAAAUUAAAAGCUGAAUUUUUCUACAAUUCUAUCAGCAAUUUUAUUAAUUCAUUGAUAUCAAACUCGUUACUAAGUGAAAGUGAUAAGGAGAAAGAAAAAUAUAUCAAAUAUCUAAAUAUAUUGUUAUGUUUUGUUUUAAAUAACUUUAUUUCAUUGAAAGAGCUUAUAAGACUAAUGUUUAAAUUAUAUUUGAAAAAAACAAAUGAGAAAUUUGCUUUUGAUAAUCAAACCUGCCGAAUAAAAGAAACAAGUUUUUCGUUUAUUUUGGAUUUGGUUUUUAAUGACUAUGAAGAUUAUGUUAUGUUAAUUCAGAACAGACAUCAAUUGAAUUAUUCUCGAAAUGAAUUAUUUAAGGUUGAUCCAUUUUUAAAUAUUAAUUUAGGAUUAAUUUUUCUUAAAAAAUUGCCUGAAAAUAAUUUUGGAUAUCACACAAAUGGAUUUCACAAUAAUAAAUUUUGUUUAGUUAUAGAAAACAUUAAAAAUGGAGAGAUGAAGAAUCACAAAUCAAAGAUUUUAAAAUUAUUAUUAGAAUCGCUAACUUUUAAUACUUUUGAAACUAUAAAUUACUUGAUUAGAAACACAAUAAUUGAUACCAAAAUUAUCAUAUCACUAUUUAUUCAGGUAUUAUUUUAUCCUUAUAGACUGUUUGGGAUUUUUGAUUUUUAUAGUUUGAAAAAUCACGAAGAUACUGAAACGGAUUAUUUGACCAUUGACUCGAAAAAUGUAUUGAUUAUUAUAUUUAUUUUAGAUGAAUUUAAUAUAGUGAUUUGUCAAGCUAUAAUCUGUCUUUUAUUGAGUCAAGAAGAAAAUAACAAUAGAAAAAUAAUAAAGGAAAUCAUUUAUAAAGUUUUGAUAGGCUGUGUUUUAAAUAAUAUUGUUGAAAAUAAGGUAAAAUUAAAAGUAUUGGAAAACAUUUUUAAUUAUUUAAAUGAUAUCUUGAAAAAAGAAAUAUUAAAUGUGUUUUAUGAAAUUUUUUUGACUAGUUCAACUCCUUUUCAAAUGAGGUUAAAUUUUAAUGAAUAUAGUAAUUAUAAUAAUAAUGAUAAUGAUAGUCAGAGCCCUGAAAUUUUAAAUAAAUACAGAAUAAAAAAAUUCAACAAUUUAGCACCUUACAUUUCUUACUUUUUAAAUUCAGGUUUAACUAUUUUUUCUAAUGAAAAAAAUAUUGAAGAAAAAUAUAAUGAAACUUUGGAUUGUGAUAAUUUAACCUAUUUAAAGAAAUCAAAAGAAGAUUUCUAUUAUUUGAACGACGAAAAUACCAUUAAUUUAAUUAAUAACGGAUUUCAGAACAUGAUUAUAAGCUAUCAGAAAUCUAAAGAUAAGAUUACCAAAAACGAAGUUUUAGUCGGGUAUACAAUUUUUUUGAAAAUUAUUGAGUUAAACAAAAAUUUGUUUAUUCUGAACUUGGUUUCCACUAAUGACAAAAUUAAAAACAAGUAUAGAAAAAUUAUAAUUGCCUUUCAAAAGAUUUUAAAAAUUGAUUUGUUCAAAACAUAUUCUAAGAUAAACGAGCUAAUCAAUGACAUAAUUUGCCAAAUCAAAACUGGGGUUGAAAACUAUGCAAAAGAAAAGAAUAUUGAAGUUGAUGGAGACACUAAAAGUUUAUUGAAUACAGGCAAGAGACAAAAUCAAACCCGAAAUGACAUCAACAACGUUAAAGAUGAAAAAGAAGUUAGCAAUGACAAUAAUGUUUGUGAGAGUGGAUACAAUAGUGAGUUGGAAGAUCAUAGCACGGUUUCUUCAAGAUUUCUUGAGGCAAGCAAGUUGACUAAUGGCAUUGAUAACACAAAAUUCCUAAAUGAAAGUCUGAUUUAUCAUAAUAAAGUGUACUUUGAAAAUUGUAUCAAAAACGAUUUUAGUGAAAUCGAGCAGUAUUUCAGCUCCAAAGAACUCGAGGUCAAUGAGAUCCACGACAAAGAGUGGUUUUUAUUUGAUAAAAUCAACAAGAAAUACCUCAAUUUGAGCAUAAAACCAUUCGAUCUACUAGAAGAGGCCAAUAAAGAUGCCACUCUCAACGAUGGGGCAAUCAACCUUCAGCUAUUUGAUGCCACAAUAGAAAAGGAAAAUCCCCUCUAGACACAACAGGCAGGGGAUCGCCAAUAUACUAUUCUGCACACUAUCCUAUACAUUUUUCUAUACAUAGCAUUGUAAUAUUUUCGCAUUGUAUCAUAGCUUCCUUUUUGAUAGCAACCAUUUUUAUCAAUACAAUUCUCAUCAAAGCACUACAAAAACGCCUUUUGAGGUUAUACCUCUUUGAUUUCC